GCUCCGAUGGCGACCGACGCUUGUCCGGUGCAGUGCGAUCUGCUAUAUCCGCCGAACACGCCCGACUUGAGAGAAGCAAACGACAAAUGCAAGACGGGAUGCAUAAUGGCAGCUUCAUUGAGAUCGAAUCGCUUGCAAGUCGAAAGAGUUGAACCAGCGCUGUCAGACGUGCCUGCCGAACUGGGUGCCCAGGAACCCUUUUCACAAAACCCAGACUGUGGUCGCGACUGUGUUCAGCAGAACUUCGGCCCAGCAAACGCGAUAUCGCAGCGGGAAGAAGUUGAACCAGAAAUUGAGGGCGGAAGAGGACACUUUUUCAGAAGCAUGUUCAACCGCGACUGGAGCACGUUCUUUAAACCGCAGUUUUGGGCAGACGUCGAGAUCGUGGCCCCUCCUGCAGCGGCUGAUGUCGCGGAAGAGCCACCAAUGCCCCCGGCUGCUUUAGCCACACAGUUAGCUAAUCAUCGCAGGAUGAUGGACUUGGUGAUGAACGUUUUUGAACGCUUCGGGCUUUCUCCUCGUGUCCAAGAAUCGUCUGACAACCUGCCGCCGACGGACGACAUGAACGACGUAGUCGUUGAAACUGUCGAUGUUCCGCUGCCCAAAGACGACAAGCCGGACCAGCCGGCAUUCCCCAAGCAGGAAGACGUCGAUGACCCUGUGAUAUUGUUCAGUUCCUUUAAGAAGAACGUCGUCGGGCCACGGUACUCGUUGGAUUCAGAAGAAGCGCGUGCCAACUUUGGCUUGAUGGAGUGUUUCGCGCAGCGAGCUCGAAAUCUGUCCAUGUUCACCAAACUGUUGUUGUACAGUGCAUUAAUACUGUGUUCUGCCUGCCUUAUUUGGAUCGGAACGUUGUUCUUGCGAUCUGGUUUCAAACGACGAAGUAUCAAGAAAGAACCGGAGAAAAAUGAAGUCAUAUAUUGCGUACCAAGUCCGUAUUAUUUCGAAAAGUGUUCGGCGGAAAAGUUGGAACCUCCAACUGCUGGUGGACCCCCGGGCUACAGUGCUGAUCGUUCAUCUGAGAAAGCAAUAACCGUUUAA